AUGGACAAGGCCCGAAAUAUUCUCCGCGGUCCGCCCAUUCAUCAAAUGGUUACAACAACAACAACGAACAAAAAAAAAUCACUAAAUGAGCAACCACUUGAUUUAAGUUGUAAAAAACCAUUUACAAUUGAAUAUUUAUCAUUGAAUAGUAAAAAAUCGAAACAACAACCAUCUUCUAACGCAUUAAUCUCAAAUUGUUAUCCAACAUAUCAACCAUUAUUACCUCAUUCGUUUUCUAAUCAUUCCGUUUUUGGUCUGACAAAUGUUGCUCGAUAUUCAUUACCGUUGACUCCAGUAGCAAAACCACCAUUGACACCUGUGGAAAAUUUCUACCCACUCACAUAUCAUCAUUAUCAUCCAUAUCGUUCUUAUCUACCAUCAACCACGUAUAAUUCAAUUCCUCUAUCUUCAACUAAUCGAUCAUUGAAACGUUCAAGAGAAGAAUUAGAUGACAAUCCCAAAGAGACAAAUACUUUGACUAUAUUAUCAGAUUUAGCUGUAACAUCAAAAUUAUUAACAAUUCAAAAACAACAAGAAGAUCAUAAACAAACACAAAAACAUAUCUUACUCGGUGCGCGAAUACCUAAUACAGAAUUCGUAGUAGUAAAUGGCGGUCAUGGUAUUAGAAAUCCACUUUUUGAUUGUGUUAGUGAAGAAAUACAAAUAAAAUAUGCAUCAACUACCGAUGGUGAAAAAUUCAUUUGUCGUCUAUGUUUUAAAACAUUCAAAUUACAACGACUAUUGAAUCGUCAUUUAAAAAAUCAUAGUCAAUUGAAACGUUAUUUGUGCACAUUUUGUACUAAAGGAUUUAAUGAUACAUUUGAUUUAAAACGACAUACUCGAACACAUACAGGUAUUCGUCCAUUUAAAUGUGAGCAGUGUGAAAAAGGGUUUACACAACGUUGUAGUUUAGAAUCGCAUCAACGAAAAGUUCAUGGAUUUGCAUUAGAUUAUGGUUAUAAAACACGACGAAAUAAAUUGUAUGUUUGUGAAGAUUGCGGUGAAACAAGUGAAAAUCCUAACAAACAUUAUGAUCAUAUUCGAGUAUAUCAUCCUUAUUCACCAUUAAUUCAUCGUCACUAUGAUAAAAGACAAUUCAGAUUAAAAAACAAUUCAUUAACUUAUUCCUUAACAUCGUCAGAAAAAACUAUUAUUUUAACAUCAUCCUCAUCAUCUCUGGCGUCACCAUCGACCAUCUGA